UAUUCGGAUCUGUAAGCUAGCAGAUGCGACUUCAUUGCCUAAGUAUUAACUUAUCGCAACAAACGAAAACAGAAAUAACACGGAUAUUUAUUGAAGCGUAAAUAAAAGUGAACAUACCUGUAAACUUACCAGUGAAUGAACGAUGAUUUGAAUAUAUUAAUUUUGAAAAUGACCUUAAUAACAUUAAAAAAAAUAAUCAGCGUGCUGCAUUGUAAACAAUGAGAAAGGAAUAGAAGAACAGAAUAGAUAAUUAAGAAUGAUAGACGUACGUGUAAUUGUGAUCUUCUUUCUCCUUCCCUGUCCGCUAGUUAUUAUGUCACCCUUAAGAGGAGGAGAAGGUGAAAACGGGGAACAGUGUCCUGGUAAUUAUUGUUCAAUGUUUGAAGGAAUUUGUAAAAAUGGUGGCACUUGUAUAAGUAAAGGAUGUAAAGGCGAAUGUAAAUGUACGAAAGACUUUACGGGACAUAAUUGUGAAGUACCGAUUAUAGCUUUAACAACAUUAGCUCCAGAAAAGGAGACUGAAGCUCCUAAAAAGAAGGAAACAAAAUCAACAACCGAAAAUUCAAAUGAAAAAAUGAGUGUAAUAUUAUCGUUAUUCCGUAUGAUGUCUCGUCCAAGACCAGAGGUAACGAAUCAUAUCGUGAAGAAAGAAAAUGUUAAAAAAUUGAGCAGCAGAAAAGAUAGUGAUAAGGAUUCACAAUCAGUUGAUCGCAAACGAGAAAAUUAUCCAUCCCGGUCUGAGCCACUAUCCGAGAGGAAGCAAGACGAGAUAUCAAACGAAAAAGAGGUUUCAGAUCGUUCAAAAGAAAGUCAAAGGAUAAAACAAUUAGACAAAAGUAACACCCAGGAGAAUGCAGGUGAACCCGAAAGCAAAUCACUUAUUGAAGAAAAAGUUGACAAAAAUAUAGUUUCUACAAGUGAAUCUGUUGAUAAGAAUGAAAUUUCUACGGUAGAAAAGAAAAUGUCUGAUAAACAUACCACAGAAUUAUCUUUAACGACGUCGGAUACAGUGAAAAUUAAAAACACGACUCCAAUAACGACGACACAAGCAACUUUUUCUGCAAUACAGGCAAAAAGUGUUGAGCAAGUCAAUCAACUUACAUCAACAACAAGUUCAGGCUUGAUAACAACCUAUCAAAGUACCCCUUCAACAAGAAUUACAACUCCUGAUAAGGCUGUGACAGAAAAUCGUGUUAGAGAAGACGCCAUGACAUUUAGCGGAAAGACUAGAAAAGUUGUGCCAAAAGUUUUUCAUGCACCGCAUUGGCGAUUUCUCCUUCCAGAAACAACAACAGUAAAAACUGAUGUUCUAAUAGAUGAAAAAAAAGAUGGACAACAAAAGCAUUCGUCUUCAAAUAAUUCAGAUAUUCUGGCGCACAUGGCAAAUGCUGGCCAUAAAGUUUUGAGCUCGACAACAUUAUCGAAUAUGUAUCCUUCACAUACACUACUAAGUAAAUCACGAAUUUUUGUUUCAACUGUUCCAAAUAAGACAGCAAGAGAUAGCACCAAGAAACCUCCAGUGACAUUAGACAAUGCAAGUACACAAAGUCAAAUUCAAAAUAAUGGUGUUAAAACAUUUAAGGAAAGAAGUACUUCUAUUGAUCUGGCAAAAGAAGAAAUUGCAUUGGCUGCUAAAAGACUUGUAAUUGAAGACAAUUCUGUGGUGACAACAACGUCAUUACCAACUAAAUCGAUAAAAGCAGAAAAAACCGAUGAGAGUAAUUUAGUGACUGAAACACAAUUCUCUUACGUCAAAUCCACGUCACAUAUGUUAAAACAAGGCACACAAAAUAUGGCAACCAAAACCAGUGCAAUAUUACCAAUACCCAACAAGUUAACGACAUCGUCUUUGAAAAAUCUUGAAACAACGACAGGUAUUGGUAUGUUAGGCAACUCGCCCAUAACAGUCAUAAUGUCCACAACUAAAUCUCCGUCAAAACCAAGAUUAAGAAAAUCUCUUCUUUCGCACAAUUCUGGGGACAUUCAAAAUCAUAAACGGACAUAACAUUAGAAAAUAAGUGAUUUAAUGGAUCAAAGAAAUCGAUUUCCAUAUUAAUGACUGGUUGAUGGAGACCAGAACAAUAAUAGUUAUUUGUAAUCUGUGAUAUAAUUAAAUGAUAAAUGUGACGGAAAUCAUUUAGUAUGCAGCUAACUUUAGACAAUGCUCGUUUAUCUUUUGUAUGUCUAGCGGGCCUAGACAUCGUAGAUAUAUACAUCUUUUUUUUCCAUCACAUUCCACAUUUAUGAAUCCAAAUAUGUUUUGUGCAAUCAUAAUAGUAUUGUAAUUGAGUUUUAAGACUUUUUGUAAGGUAUGUAAUCAUAUUAAAACAGAAGUCAUUUAUUAUGCUCAUGGCAUUUGUUACAACACUUUUUUUAUAUAUAUAGAAGUAAUCAUUAAUCCAAAAUGCGUCUUCUAUAUUUUAUAGUAUUAUUAUGUAAACAGCUGUUCCUUUAACUGCGAAUUAAUGUGUAUUAUCUUGUCUAGAAUGCUAAGUUAUCCGUGUGCGGAAAUUGCAGAUUACUACAAUCUAGACAUAAAUGAAACAUUAAUCCAGAAAAGCUCUUCGGACGCAUAAAAUUAAUAACGUGUUGUUUUCAUUUUUUUAGACUGAAGAUAAUAAGGAGUGGCAUUUGUUUUUAUCAAAUAACUUGAGUCUUUUCCUUAAAUCAUUAAUCAGAAGCUAACUAAGAACAAAAAAUCCCAUUCUGUUUUUAAUGUGUAUUUGAAAUUAUUAUAAUGAACAACUGUCAUACAACUCACCAUUUACUUCGGAAAAAUGGCUGUACCAAAUCAGAAUAUGACAGUUAUAUUCCCGUCGUUCCGUUGGUUGAUAUUGUCGAGCGUUUGGUUUUGUCAGGUUUUAUAGACUUCCCCUUUUUUAUUUACCUUGGAGUUCGCUAUUUUUGUUAAUACAUUUUUUAUGUGCGAGAUAAAAAGUAUAAAAGAUUAUUCAGUAAAACUUUGGUAGUAAAUUACGAUUCUAAGAUGAAUAUUCCAAACAAAUAGAAUCCUUGUAAUUUACAAUAUUGUAUUCGCAUUUUGCUAACAGAAGAUGUGUAAUUAUAAAUGAGUGUAUCGUACAUAUAUAUAACAUAUAUUGUUAGACAUACAUACAGUGCUAUUUAAAAGUAGAUGGAAUUGUUAUUAUUUAUUCAUUGUUGCUGGCAGCAAUAUAAAUACAUUUUAUCAAAUUCUUCA